ACGAGGAAGAUAUAUUAAUGGAAGAAGAUACUGCUCAUAGGCCUCCAGAACAGAAUACGGCUAACGCAUUCGCUUUGACCGACGCAGUUAAGCUGCUUUCUACGGCCAUUUCUACACAAUUUCAACAAUUAACGGAGAAGUUACAAGAAGAUAACAAAUCUUCAGCACAGCAACUUUCUAAGAAAUUCAAAGAAAAUAUAGCUGGAAAACUGAAGUACGAAGGGAAUAAGGUACAAUAUUUGUUCAAUGAAGAAAUAUUAGAUGAACUUGAAAAACUCAAAGAUUUGUCUAAAUACAAUGAAAAUGUUGUCAAAAGAAUUAAUGAUAAACUUAAAACUAGACAAAAGUAUAUUAGGAUGGCAGACGGGUCACCUGCAGGGUGGAAAACGGUUCAGGAAUACCAAUGCAAUGAUAUCGCUGACGACUCGGACGACGAGAAAAAGAUCAGGAGUGCCGAGAACAGAGCUCUCAGGAACAGUAAACAGAAAAAGUCACGCUUCCAACCGUACUUCAAACCCGUACCCUCUGCUGCUGCCGGUUCUGCUGCUCAGUUGUCUGCCCUUGCUCUACAACAUACCAACACUCUGCAGACCAAUGCUGGUGCCUCGAACUCGUUCAACCAGCCCUUUCGAUCAGGUAGUAGACGUACCCCACAGCCCAGCGACGUCUGCUACAGGUGCUUCCAGACUGGGCAUUGGAAGACCAGAUGUCCCCUCAACAUCUCCACAAGUUCAAAUCCCAAGUGAUCUUGAUGAUUUUGCAGAAUUAUUUUCGGUCGGCAGGUGGACGUCUUUAUUUGACAGCGCUCAGGAUUCAUCUCUUUUGAAGCUUGCGGAGUCCUUACCGAAUUACUGCCUAAAAUCAAAAGCCGAAAAUACAGUAAAGAAAUAUAGAUAGAAGAAGCUACUCAUGCAAUCACAUGGGCUCAUGACAUGGCUGGAUUCCCUAAUCCUUGUGAUUCCACCUUUGUUAAGUUUGUGAAAGAAGGUUGUAUCAGAGAACAUAGUCACCCUGUCGUUAAGAAAGAACCGAUUUCAUCAGAUAUAUUGUCUGCUGUUGUUGAAAAGUUUGGGAAGAGUGAUGCAACACUAUAUGACCUUCGAACCUGUUGUAUUUUUCUUUUAGGAUAUGCAGGUUUUUUGCGUUUUUCAGAAAUUGUAAACAUAAGAAGGUCACAAUUAGUUUUUAGUGACUCUCAUCUAACAUUGUUUAUUACAAAAAGCAAAACAGACGUUUACAAACAAGGUUCUUCUCUAUGUAUAUCUAAAACGAAUUCUUCUACUUGUCCUGUAUCUAUGCUUCUCCGAUAUUUACUUUUAUCAGACAUUGAUGAAAGGUCGGAAGACUUUAUUUUUAGGCAAGUUACAUUUUGCAAGAAAAAUAACUCAUACAAGCUUAGAAAUAAUAAACAACCUUUGUCAUAUACAAGAGUACGAGAAUUAGUGUUGUCUACAUUGGACAGUCUAGGCUUAGAUUCAAAGAAAUAUGGUGUUCAUAGUUUGAGGUCGGGUGGGGCAACUGCUGCAGCCGCAGCAGGUGUCAGCGAUCGUCUUUUUAAAAAACACGGGCGUUGGAAAUCUGAAAAUGCCAAAGAUGGUUAUGUGCACGAAAACUUACAAGUUAAACUGUCUGUUACCAAACAACUUGGGUUAUAAUUCAAAUGUCUUUUCUUUCUUUAUCGUCGAACUGCACUUCUGAGAGCGCUUCUGCAUCUAUAUACGUGUUGUUAUUUAUUUUAUAAAUUAUUUAUGUUCGUUUGAGUGUUAACGAAUAAGAACAUAAAUGUAUUUAUUGAAGGUAUUACAACACGUGUUUCGAUCGAACACGUGUUUAACUGGUGUUUGUUAUGAAGACUAACCAAUUUGAUUGGUUAUUAUAUUUAUAGAAAACCUGUUCUACAGGUAUUCUCGUAAGGUACGCACGAUUUGGUAAAGAAUUGAGUUUUAAGUCAUUCGAAGGCUCUCUCUCAGUGCAAGCAGACGUUUCCCCACCCACCCGCCCUCAAAGAUAGUCAUAAAUGUUUGGUUUUAUGAAAAAUAUAUGCAUAAAUAUUUUGCUAAUAUGUGUUGUUUUGUUUUUGUAGAGAAAAAGAACACAAGAAAAUUGAAUUAUGUGAUUGUAUACAUGUAAUAAUUAAACUGCACUUCUGAGAGCGCUUCUGCAUCUAUAUACGUGUUGUUAUUUAUUUUAUAAAUUAUUUAUGUUCGUUUGAGUGUUAACGAAUAAGA